AUCUGUCUAGGGAGUAAAAAGGUUGUCAGUAAAAGUAACAGAAGCAGUGAUGAAAAAGCCUAAGGAGCGAAAAGGAUGGGCUAAUAAGGCUGAGUUUGUCAUGUCCUGUAUGGGCUACGCCAUAGGAAUCGGGAACGUAUGGCGGUUUCCUUUCUUAGUGUACAAAAAUGCCGGGGGUGCCUUUUUAAUUCCAUUUGUACUAAUGUUAGUCACCAUGGGAAUCCCAAUCUUCUACCUGGAGGUCGCUGUAGGCCAGUACUCGGGUUUAGGUCCCUUCCAGGUGUACGAGUCCCUCGCUCCAGCUUUUGGAGGAAUAGGAUUAUGCACCCUUUUGGUUAUUGCGCUGGUCAGCGUUUAUUAUAUGGUUCUGAUAAGCUGGAUUAUGUCUUAUAUUGUCGCUUCUUUUUAUUCUAAAUUAGCUUGGGGGUACUGCGAUUAUGAAUGGAACGAUCAUGCAUGCUACAGUCAAAUCCAAGCCUCAAAUUGCCGUGAAGAAAAUUCUAGCUCAAUUUUCUUUAACAAAACUUGUCAAUCUAUAACAGUAGUUUGUCAAAAUUUUGGAUAUCCUCACGGAGAUCUUCACGGAAAUUGUUACAACAGUUCAUUUAUCGUCCCUGUAAAGUCUCUGUACAAAAGGGUGUUAUCCAGUGAACAAUACUUCAACAAUUACGCUCUUGGAAUGAAUGGCGCGACUUGGGAAAAUUACGGAUCUCUAAACUGGCAAUUGUUAAUUUACUUGUCCCUCGGAUGGAUAAUAGUCUUUAUCUGUUUGUCCCGCGGAGUUAAAUCAGCGGGUAAAGUCGCGUAUUUUACCGCCAUUUUUCCGUACGUGAUGCUUACUGCUGUAUUGAUUCGAGGUGUAACACUAGAAAAUGCGAUAGAAGGUAUAAAAUAUUUUAUAAUUCCCCGCUUUGAGCAACUAAAAAAUGCUAGCGUUUGGGGAGAUGCCGCGUCUCAAGUUUUCUAUUCGCUGGGAAUUGGAUGUGGAUCCUUGAUCACAAUGUCCAGUUUCAAUUCCUUCACCAACAAUUGCUUCAGGGACACAAUUUUCAUAGCGGUAGCAAACGUCUUCACGUCGGUAUUCGCCGGUUUCGCGAUAUUCUCGAUCCUCGGACACUUGUCGAUGAAGAUGGAGAUGCCGAUUCAAGAACUAGCCCAAGAUGGAGGCUUGGCUUUGGCCUUUAUUGCCUACCCGGAGGCGGUUAUCCAGAUGCCUUUACCGAACUUGUGGGCUGUUUUGUUCUUCCUGAUGUUGUUCAUCCUCGGACUUGGGAGUCAAUUCCCAGGUGUCCAAGCAGUAAGUACAGCAAUAAUCGACCUAAAACCUUCUCUGCGAGACAAAGAACACUUUGUAAUCUUCGGCGUCUGCUUCGGAGGCUGGUUACUAGGCUUGCCAAUGAUCUUCGGCGGAGGAGUCCUCUUGUACCAACUUAUGGACUGGAACACCGCGAGCUGGGCCGUGUUGCUGAUAGGUGUCGCCGAACUUAUUGUUCCCUGCUGGAUGUACGGCUGCAACAAAUUCAUCGGCAACAUCAGUGAGAUGAAGAUGAAGUUCAACAAGUUCUCCUACGGAUAUUGGUGGAUCAACUGGGUCAUCCUCGCUCCUUUUACUUGCAUGGCGAUUUUCAUCUACCAAAUGACUCAAUAUUACCCUGUGACUUAUGGAAACUACGAAUACCCUUAUUGGGCGAAAGCCAUCGGAACAAUGAUUGGUCUAAGUACUUUAAUGCCAUUGCCGCUGUAUUUCUUCUAUCGUAUCUACAAAGGCCCGCGAGACAUGAGUUUGUUCAAAGUAACCAAAUACUGGGGACCUUCUAAUAAAAAUCAGUGGCAAGGAUAA